CCUUUGCAUAAUAUUUGCCUAUAGAGAGAGAGAAUCAUCAGUGUAGAGAGAGAAAGCAACAAAUGGGUACGCUUCAAAGUUGGAGAAAAGCAUAUGGUGCUCUUAAAGACCAUACAACUGUUGGUCUUGCCCAUGUUAAUAGCGAUUUUAAGGAUGUGGAUGUGGCGAUCGUUAAAGCUACAAAUCAUGUUGAGUGUCCACCCAAAGACAGGCAUCUUAGAAAAAUUUUGGUUUAUACAUCAGCGAUGCGACCUCGUGCUGAUGUUGCGUACUGCAUACAUGCACUUGCGAGGCGAUUGGCAAAGACACAUAAUUGGACGGUAGCACUGAAGACGUUGAUAGUAAUCCACAGAACAUUGAGGGAAGGUGAUCCAACAUUUAGAGAGGAACUAUUGAAUUUCCAACAGAGAGGACGCGUUCUUCAAAUGUCCAAUUUCAAGGAUGAUUCAAGCCCAAUUGCUUGGGACUGCUCUGGCUGGGUACGAACAUAUGCACUGUUUCUGGAAGAGAGGCUUGAAUGCUUUAGGGUUCUGAAGUAUGAUAUUGAAGGGGAGCGCCUUCCUAAAGCUUCCCAAGGGCAAGAAAAGGGAUACAGCAGAACUAGGGAGUUGCCCAGUGACGAACUUUUGGAACAGUUGCCUGCUUUGCAGCAGUUGUUGUAUCGUCUUAUCGGAUGUCGGCCUGAGGGAGCAGCAAAUGGAAAUUACGUGAUACAAUAUGCCCUUGCCCUGGUCCUCAAGGAGAGCUUCAAAAUCUAUUGUGCUAUAAAUGAUGGAAUAAUUAAUCUUAUUGACAAGUUUUUUGACAUGCCAAGACAUGAAGCUAUUAAGGCCCUUGAUAUCUACAAAAGAGCUGGCCAGCAGGCCAUGAACCUCUCCGACUUUUAUGAGGUUUGCAAAGGAUUGGAACUAGCCAGGAACUUUCAGUUUCCCGUGUUGAGAGAGCCUCCUCAAUCCUUCCUUGUGACCAUGGAAGAGUAUAUAAAAGAAGCACCCCGGAUAGUCUCUGUGCCAAUGGAAACUCUGGACUAUCCGGAGAGGCUUAUGCUUACUUAUAAACAAGAGGAUGAACCUUCAGCUUCUGAAGAUGCUCAAGAUUCAGCUAACGAAACCCCACCUCCGCCUUCAGACGAUGCUGUUGUUUCAACCACUGAGGCUCCUGCUCCUUCCCCGCCUGUGCCUCCGCCUCCAAGCACUGAAACUGACGAUUUACUGGGGCUAAAUGCACCAACAACUGCUUAUGCAUCAGCAAUUGAGGAUAGCAAUGCUUUGGCUUUGGCAAUAGUUCCAUCUGGGACAACACCAAAUGCUGCUCAGCCAAAAGAUUUUGAUCCUACUGGAUGGGAACUUGCCCUGGUCACUACUCCCAGUAGCGACUUAUCUGCAGCUCAGGAGAGACAAUUGGCUGGCGGAUUGGACACCCUCACGCUCAGUAGUUUGUAUGAUGAGGGAGCAUAUAGAGCAUCUCAACGACCAGUGUAUGGACAACCAGCCCCUAAUCCAUUUGAAGUUGCCGAUCCAUUUGCCAUGUCUAGCACCAUGGCUCCCCCUCCAUCGGUGCAAAUGGCUACAACGCCUCAGCAUCAAAUGAAUCCUUUUGGACCAUUUGAACCUGCCUAUCCACAACCCCAAAAUCCAAUGAUGAAUCCCCACAAUCCUUUUGGUGAUGCAGGGUUUAGUGCAUUUCCUGCCAAUCAUGUUGCUCAUCCACAAACAACCAAUCCUUUUGGAAACACCGGUCUCAUAUAAUAAAAGUUGUGCAUGCACGAGACAUCAUAGCAGACUUGCCUGUCAAUUGACCAAUCCUUUCGGGAGCACUGGCCUGCUAUAUUAAAAGUUGCACAUACACGAGAAGUAGCAGACUUGGCAUAGUUGAUUUUGGUAGUGAAUUUGCAGGUUGUGUACAUCAUUCACGUGAAAUAUAGUUCUUUCGGCUUGGACUAUAUGUUUGCUUUAAUAUGUAAAGAUGGUUAUAGUGGAGAUUCAACUAUUAUUCAGUUGAUUGAAAUCACUCCCACUAUGUUAUGGACUUCUAGAUACGUUGCCCUCUUGAUGGAGUCGACGAUAGUUUCUCUCAUCUUUGUGCAUUUUUUUUAGUAUAUGUCGACCUAUAUUGUUCCAUUGCCAUCA